AUGACUGAAUGCCGUCGCUCCGUCUUGUCUUGCGCGCGAUGUCGCCGCCGGAAGAUCAAGUGUGAUCGCGCCAUCCCGUGCGGCCAGUGCAUAGCCGCGAAAUCAGAUUGUACCGGCUUCAGUUCGAAAGACCAAGAUCCAAACAUCCCACGAAGCAUCGUCCAGCAUCUUGAAUCGGAAAUCGCAAAAAUUGAAAGUGAACUUGCUCGCAAUGGUCACCUCGAGGAACUCAAUGCCUCAGACAUUCUCGCGGGCAUGCCCACCAACGACGGGAUCCCGCUCGAGGAGAAUGGGCUGUCCAUUCUCGAUCUGCCGAAACUCGAGGACACCCCGAAAUUGCUGGUCGACGUACAGGGCCCCUCAGCAACCGUCAAAGACACCUCUCGCGAUGAGGUAAUGAGCUGCGGCGAGAUCCAAGCCAUGAUAUUCGCCAUACUCCCGACAGGACCCGGGAUAACCGACCUGAUAGCACGAGUCCGAAUGAGCCUCACUCCGUCGACCGCCAUCGCCUCAGGCAGCCCGAGGGAAGCUCGCAGAAAGUCGUUUUCUCGUGCAAACAACGAAGUCAGCUGUGCCAUGCUGAAAAGCAUACCCACACCGAUCGUGCGAAGCCUGAUCAAAAAGUACAUGACCCGAGUCUACCCCAUCUUCCCUGUCCUCCACGCUCCCUCACUCUGGCAACAACUUGACCGCGUUGUCAAGACCCUGCAAGAGAUGCCUGAGCGACAACGUUCCGUCGCGCCCUCGUAUGAUUUCCUGAUCGUGUACCUCAUGCUCUCCACUUCGGCCACUCUGGGCAGCGCCCGCACCGGCCACGAAGCCAAGCACAUGGUCUUUUCGAGUUCGUUGUUUGAAGAAGGCAUCCAGCAUAUGUCGGACAAGGCCAAGAUCCCCUCCGACCUCGCAGGCAUCCAGGUCACGCUCAUGGUGCUCCAAUACGCGUCGAUUAAUCCUCGACUGGCCAACGUGUGGAUGCUGACGGGUGCCGCAAUGCGCGCGUGUCUCGAACUCGGCCUGCACCGAGAGGCUCCCGAAGCGCUGCAGUUCGACCAGCUCACGCUCGAUCUGCGCCGCCGGAUUUUCUGGUGCGCCUACAACUUCGACCGGGCCAUCUGCUCCGCCUUGCAACGACCGCUGUCCAUUCCGGACCAGAGCAUAGACGCGCACUUCCCUUCGAUCCUGGACGACCGACACAUCCACCCUUCGGGCAUCGACGCCACGGGUAGCGAGACCAAGACGCACAACCUGCGCUGGAUCCACUUCCGGCGGCUGCAGUCUGCGAUGGUCGAGGUGCACUUCCAAGGCAGGCCUUUGGAGCCUGGCCAGAGCUGGGAGGACUGGCUGGUUCUUAUGGAACGUCGUCUUCAAGCGUGGUACGAGGACUAUAACGACGGACAUGAGCUCACGGAGUUCACCCUCGCCCACGGUCUGACGAACCUGCACCGUCCAUCUCCGCGGGUGCCCAUGCCCGGACCGCGCAGCCUGAUGGUGGCAUUCGAGGCGGCCUGUUCCAGCGCAAAACACCUCCGCGACCACAUCCUCUCGGGCUUCUACCGGCGGUCGUGGCUCAUUGCGCACCACGUGCUCGAGAACAGCAUGGUCGUUUUGUUUUGUCUGAGGCACGGCUUCGACACCAUCUCGGCGCGCUUCAGCGCCCAGCAAAUUUUCGAAAUGACAAAGGUCUUUACGUCGAACUUCCUCGCCCUCGCCGCCCAAGGGUGGAACGAGGUUUCAAACUACGCCGGCGUCUACGAGAGACUGCUCGGGCCUCUCUUGGAGUCAGUGUUUUCAAACCGAGCCCCCUCUCUUUCGUCGUUCGGCCCGGCCCAAGACGCCGAGCUGUUGAGGUUGUUGUAUCCUGGCCCGUCGCAGCUGGACAAGUUGCGGUUCGGCAGUCGGUCCUUUGACGGUGAGGGUCUACCGUCUUUCGACAUGGGCACGUUGAACUGGGAAGACUUCAGCGUGAGUGAUGGUCGAUCGGCUUCGGCCGAGGGCUACGUCGCUGGGUGGGAUCUGUUUGAUCCCAACGCUAUCAGUGCAUCUGGUCAGGAUGUGGUCUUUGGCAUGGCUUGA